GCGGGUCCCGGUGAUUGGCCUGAGCGUCCCUCGAACUUCCCCCGGAAUUACGCAGCGCGGCGUUGUUGUGCAUUUGCGACGAGAAUCAUCCGAGAUCGGAUCUAUCUGUGUCCUCUGCGAUGACCGUAUACACUUGAUGGGGCUACCCUUCCUGCUGUGCAUUCAGGGUCCUCGUUUUGGAGCAUCUAAUCUAUGGAAAUGACUCCUCGAAGAAGCCUCGAUCACCCUGUGUUUAACCGUGCCUGCUUCCGGGGGCUGUCCGCAACUGCGAAAUCAUGGACUUUCCCGGAGGCGCAACCACCAACAUACAUCUAAUAGAUGGUUUCUCCACCAUCUACUGGAGGAUCUACACCGAGGAGUCUGGUAUUACGAGUCAUCCCCAGGAAGGUCCUGCCAAUGGCUAUACGAUCUUGAAGCAUCUUGGUCGCCUCAAGCAUCUCGAAGCACAAUUGAGAAAUAUAGGUUGCUUAGCAUCAUGCCCAAGACGACUAGGCCUCUGGGUAUUCUCUCCUACCCCGACUUUUGAAAGUCUUGGCCCCGUGUACAUCACGGACGGAGACGUCGAAACCACGAAGAUUUUUGUGGACACAACCACUCUCAAAGUUUCGGCUUCGGGAAGUAUCGCAUGCCAAGAGUUGAUAAAGGGCCUCUCAUCCGAGGGGCAAAAUCAACAAGGUUCUCAACCGACACCAUCACAACGUCCGCAGCAAGCUCAAACUUCUGCGCGUCGAUCUGAUGGGUAUAGUAGCUCUGUUGCUGUAUAUUCUGCAUUUAUUUCAGCCGUCACUGGUGCUCUGAGCCUGCAUCUUGUUCGCACCCAUGGUGCCCUACCCAUUGGGUCACGAACCCUGUUUACCGCAGUGGAUAAGACCGGAUAUGAAAACCCCCGAAUUGAUAACGAGAGUUUAUUUUCUUCACCCAGCUUGACAUCGCUGAACGUACAGUUGAAUGCGCCGGGAACAUUGACCAUAUCGACACAGACGAUCGUUCAGGCUGGCAUCACGCGAUUAUGUUCUCCCCGCGAUGAUAUAUCAGAUCUGUUCAGAGUACAGCCAGGGACAGAUCUUUGGCUAUGUCCUAAUGGGGCCAUCGCCCGACUUGUCACCGCCAAUAUCGAAUCACAGACUGUCCCUUCGCCUGGUUUUACUACCUCCGGUGAUACGCUCGCGAAACGAAGGCAAUGGAAGUUGGACGUUGUGCAGUGGUUAACGAAUUUUGGUUUGCACAUCGACUCGAUCGACGAGGAACCUUGGGUUGAGGUAGAAGUUUGGGAGCCAUUCUUUGCCCGACUUGCUGGUGAAGCGUGGCGCCAAAACGAUGAGCCUCAAUCUGCGCUUCCACUGAAGCGUAUGCUUUGGCCUGCAAGGUUUUGCUUUCGAAGAACUGGUCUGUCGAUACGGUCUUCGUGGCCUGAUUCUUCUCUUGAAGAGCCCCUUGAGUUUGCGGAGAGAUGGUCUUCAGAUGCAGGAUCUAUCAAGGCUGCCCCUUGCCCUCAGAAUAUUCCUGCAUUCGAGGAACCUCAGCAAAAAGACGAGGGACUGUCCCCCACCCGAGUCGAUCACGGGGAAAGCCUAGAAAGCCUUUCCCGAAUGGCGCAAUACCCAGACCUCCAGAACACCAACCUAGUCUACCCGACGCCCCCAGAAGGUGCUACAGCAAAUGGCGUCCACAUCGCCACCCAGCAUGAUCCUUAUCUUGGAGACCACGAUCUUCUGUCUCCUGCUGUGGCUUAUGAGACUAAACCCAUUCCCGACUCCGAGCCCUCCCCCAAAGUUGACAUUGGCACUGGCCACUACGAUGCAAGUGACGAUGACGAUCUUUUCGGGGAAAUGAAUGAGAAAGAUUUUGGGUCGAAGGGAAUCACCGACGCAGAUUUCAGCUUUUUCGACGAUCCCAAUAUGGACGAUAUGGCGGAUGAGAUGCCCGUUGACCAAUCCCAAGAGACCCCCCAGGAACCAGUGGGGGCAAUUCCUCCCGAGGAGGAAGCAGAUCAGGCUCAUGAACCAACAGCCGUGAUUGCUUUACACGAAGCACCGAAAGUGGAGACAGUGCCCAAGCCUGAGGAACCGUCCGUUCCCAUGGAGGAUGACCCUGAGCAAUCUGAUGAGCCAAUGGAGUCAGAAGGACCUUCAGAAGAACCACCCCAGCGUCCACCGAGCCAAACCAUCAGUCCACCGUUAAGCCCCGUGGAGAUUAAGAAGAUCCUAUUUUCUGGCUCACGGACUGGGGAUCGAGAAAAUUUUGAAGAGAACCAUACUCAACAAGGCCACUACAAGCCAGUCACCUUUGAAAGGAAGCUGGGGGCCUGGGACCAAAAGUAUGGAACCAUGGGGAAAUUCUUCUUCUCGGCUGAUAGUGCAACUAAAAGUUCAGCGAAUGACUUGAAUAAGAUCCCCACCGUCGGCUUGCCGCAUCGUGCGCGAACCUCAAUCUCUGGGAGGUAUAAGCCAGUUGGGAAAGCAAUUUUGCAAACUGUCGAAGACGGCUGUGAGCGGGACUCUUCAGAUUCCACUGAAGGUAGCAGCGAUGAGGACGAAGUCAGCGAUGACCUUCCAUACGAACAUGGAUCGACUGGCGUUGCCCUUCCCCAGCUGAAAAGAAAGCGCAUUCCCUCGGAAUCCGACAUUCAAUCUGCGGCAUCCCCAGCCAUAUCGUCCGUAGUCCCCGACUCGGCUGCGGGAGUUAAGGCCGAAAAUACUACCUUCUUGGGAAAUUUCCUUGCCAACUUCUCCGAUUGGACUUUUACGGGUUACUUUUCUGCUCUUCAGAUCCAACAACUCCCUGUCCUCCUCCGACGUGAAGAACAGAUUCCAAUCGCGCAACUUCUGGUCGACCAAAUUACACAAUCUUCGCUGGACCAUUCUUUAGGAGGAAACAUCGGAUUAUUUACGCUGGAAAGCGAGGCAACUUCAUUUACAGAAACCUUUGACGAUGUUACCUUUUUGGGUAAUAUUCAGAAAUUGGACCUGAAGACGUAUACGUCAUUACAAGAAGACACGACAGAAACCUCCUCCCAAUCCCAGCAGCCCACCAAGGACUUGAGCAAAAGUUGGAUUUCAAAAUUAUCUGCGCCGCAUUUACGAGUUCGUCGUGGUAAAGGGUAUCUGGAGACCCUUCCCCCCGCCAUGUCCUUCUGGGAGACGUUCGGCCUGGAACCUGCUCACGGAUCCAAAGAUGUCUCGGCGUACUGCAUUCAUCCGCAAUCAGCCACUCAAGCAGCAGAUGUUUUCCUGGAUCGAUUUGGCCUCUCCUACGAAAGCUGCAAUUUCGGUACACAUUCACGAGGCGACAAGUCGACGGGGUUUGACAAUGGUCUGAAAUCGUGGGACUCGGAGUCGCCGGGCUAUACUUCAAUGAUGCAAGCGCUUCUGGGUCUUUGCGAGGAACUAGCUGCUGAGCUUUCACAAUCCACUGCUCCCAACGCAAAUAACAGUGUUGUCUACAUCAUCAACCCAUUUCCCCAUGCAGCAGCUCUGGCAGAUAUUUGCGCUGCUUUCUGGAACCUCUUUCAACAGUUGGUGGCUGAUGCCGACCGUCGUCAGGCCAAACAAGUCAAUGAAGUAGUGCUGCAAAUUAUCCCAAUGGAGUUCGUCAUGUCGAGAGUCUCCAUGGUGGUGCCUACGCAAACUGAGUAUGUGAAUCUUGCUUUCGAAGUCUACAGUCGCUGUCGCCCGAAGGACGCCGAAUCAAAUCCUCUUUCUUGCGCUCCAGCAAUUCUCCUCGCUGAGAAUCUGCCCAAAACGCUCAACUUCCGUCUUGCCCCUGACAAGGUUUCCCCAUUACAAGACGGGCGAAGCUUGCAUAUCGCGUACUCCAAGAGCUGUGAUCAGCGCUGGGUGUCGGCAGCGUGGUCCGAUGGAACCGGGUCUCUCCAGAUGAGCAUGUCUUACUGCCUUCGCUAUCGUAAUAGAGGUUCCUCCAGAUCGAUUUCCGAAGUACGCAACGAGAUCUGGGCUACUACGAAGCAUAUUAUGGAUAAGUUUCAGGCUCGCUGGAAGGUUGUUCUAGUCAGUACCGACCCGAUGGAUCCUGACGAGAUUGAUGCCUGGGCAAACCUAGCCGAUCAACAAAACAAGAUGCGCCCGGCAUCUUUAGAACUGACUAUCGUGGCCGUCCACACCAUCCCCGACCUCACUCUCAAUACUCCUGCCUCUCCAAUGAGCAUGGGCGUUCUCAACCCUCACUUCUCAUCAACCCCCGUCUCGACCCCCAACCCAAACACCAACAUUGCCUCGCCCGACCAAACUGGCAAUGCACCAACUCCGAGUGCAGUAUAUAACGCGCCGACACCCACAGAGCCGUCCCUGGAACCAGACUCCGAGGUCGUUCUGACCGAUAUCUGCGAUGAUUCUUGGGCCGUCAUCCUCUCGCAUCGUCUCAAUGCCUCUCCCCACGUCACCGAGCUCCGCCCUGCCCUUGCCAGCGGGUAUCUCCUUCGGCGCAAAGGUCCGACCGAUAGCGAUGGUGUCUUCUCGAUGACUGUCAACCUUCUAUACUCCCUUCGCCCCGCUAUCUCACACGAGAGCGUGUUGGGUGACACACUUGCCAUGUACCGAGACAUGUCAUCUCUUGCCCGGGCAUGGGGUAUGCGCAGUGUUCAGGGUAACACGCUACCUUGGCAUAUAGCGACGGCUCUGCGGGCUCAAGAGCUGCUCAGCUACGUUUUUUAAGUGGCGAUGGUACUCACUUUCUUUCUUUUUUUUUUAAUCUGUAUAUCGGUCUCUUGAUUAGGCGUUCUGAGAAUUUGGUCCAACCGGUUUGAGGGGCAUGGGUGCAUUAUAUUGCAUUUGUUUAUCAGGAUUAGUGGAGAUACCAUUAGCGGCGGAACCGUGUAACAUUCCAUACAUAAGUAUAUUUGAGGAACCAAACCUGCUCAUUUCCUUUCCUUCUUGUCUUGAUCUUUUCUAUCAAGUCUUCGGCUCAUUGAUUUGCAAAAUUGAUUCCACCGAAGCAUGCUGUUGCUG